UGGAGAAGUAGAGGCGGGUUCUCCCAGUUUCUGCACCUGCCCUGAGGGCGGGGCGGGGAGCCGAGGGCCGCCCCCUUAAGGGCUGCAGCAGUGGAGCCAAAGCGUGCAGGGUUUCUGCUUGCUUGCCUGCCAGUUCCAACCGAGUCUCCUCCUCCCCUUUCCCCACCGUGCCGUCCCUCCCCUGACCACCAGAACGCACCUCCAGCCAGAAGGCUCCUUCCAAUCUUCCCUCCCUUUUCCCCUCCCCUCCCCCAAGCGCCCGCUUUGCCUAGCACUUCUUAUUCUCUGGCCACGGUCUCCUGCCUCUGCAGCCUUUUCUGUCUCCGUCCUUUGACAUGGAGCCGGCCACAGACAGCGAGCAUGGCAGCCCCCCAGAGCCCAGUGCCCUGCAGCCUCCUGGGGGCAGCUCGCCUUUAGCCACCGGCUCCCAGCCUUUCCCAGGCCGAGAGCCACCGCAGGAUGAGCGGCAUCUCCGGAUCAGCGAAAGCGGCCAAUUUAGUGACGGACUGGAGGAUAGAGGUUUACUAGAAAGCAGCACAAGACUAAAACCUCAUGAAGCUCAGAAUUACAGAAAAAAGGCAUUAUGGGUAUCCUGGUUCUCCAUCAUUGUUACAUUGGCACUGGCAGUGGCUGCCUUUACUGUCUCCGUAAUGAGGUACAGCGCCUCUGCUUUUGGGUUUGCUUUUGAUGCCAUCUUGGAUGUUUUGUCAUCAGCAAUUGUCCUGUGGCGCUAUAGCAAUGCAGCAGCUGUACACUCUGCACACAGGGAAUACAUAGCCUGUGUGAUCUUGGGGGUGAUAUUCCUUCUGUCAUCUAUAUGUAUAGUGGUCAAAGCCAUCCAUGACCUUUCAACUAGGCUGCUCCCAGAAGUGGAUGAUUUCCUGUUCAGUGUUUCCAUUUUAAGUGGGAUCUUAUGCAGUGUCUUGGCUGUGUUAAAGUUUAUGUUGGGAAAGGUUCUGACGAGCAGGGCUCUGAUAACGGAUGGCUUCAACUCACUUGUGGGUGGAGUGAUGGGCUUCUCCAUUCUUCUCAGUGCAGAAGUAUUCAAGCACAAUGCAUCUGUCUGGUACCUGGAUGGCAGUAUAGGAGUGUUGAUUGGACUGACCAUUUUUGCCUAUGGAGUCAAAUUACUCAUCGACAUGGUGCCUCGAGUGAGGCAGACCCGCCAUUAUGAAAUGUUCGAAUGAAGUAGCAUGAGGACUCUCUGAAGUACAGGCAGAUGGUGCCACCAUUAUUUAAUUGAACAUCCAAUUUCUUUUGGGGGAAUUUUCUUUUGUAAAGUUUGUUCUGAUGGGAAGUAGAUCCAUCAAAACAGAGAAGUCUGGACACUGCUCAUCCCUCAGUACCACAGGCUCCCUUUCCCCAUUAAUAUGCAUCAGCAAACCAUGCAUAGGAGAGGGAGAUGAGGUCUUCAUUUGCCAGCCCUAACUAGAGGACACAUUUUUGUUCUCUAGAGGGAAAAUCUCAUGAGUAGGAGAUCUCUACUUAGUAAUCAAGGCCCAUUUUGAAAGAGUUUUACAUGAGACAUUGGGAACUCUGAUUCCACUCAAUGGGAGGAAGGGGACCCAUAGCUAUAUCCCUCCAGAGACAUCUGAGAAUGGCCCUCUCCUAAUUUCUAACAAUGUAUUUAAUUGGUUUCAUACUGUUUUACUAAUCUUAAAUCUUAACCAGUUAGUUUAAAAGAAGCCACUAUUUUUAAAGCAUUUAGUGACACCUGUAUGAGCUUUGCAUGGACCAACCAAGCACACGCCCCUUUUCAGUGACCUUUGGAACUUGAAAGUAACUAUUAAAAUGGAUCCUUUUUUUGAGAAGUAAAAACUGAAGUCUUUUAUUUGUAAAAAAUAAAAUAAAAAUUAUAUAUAUACACAUUAUCUAUAUGCAUAUAUCUAUAUGCCCUGUUAAGAAUGGUAAAUGGGAUAUGAUGGUGUGUCCGUGAUGGUCCACUCUUCUCUAAAGAACAGGAUGUUUUCAGUUUGUGUGAUUUGUUAGAUUAGACUUCUGUAAAAAUGUUCAUUCAACACAAGGCAUUCUGUACCUCUAACACUGUUGCUUCUCCAAAGUGAUGGUGUAUGAUCAAUAAAAAAUCUAUUUUAUAUGGCA